GGCGAGCUCGCAGCAGCCCCUGCCCCGCGGAGGGCCGGUGGCGCGCGGCGUCCGGUGAGGGGCAGCGGCCCGGGCUCGGUUCUGGCUUCCAGCAGCGGCCCGAGGGCGCCAGAGCACGCUCCCCGCUCCCCAGAACGCAGCUUCCGCGGCUGCGGCCCAGGCAGCUCUUCGGGAAGCGUCCGCCCGUGGUCUCGCCAGGGGGUUUCCGACCUCCCCGCCCGACAGCGCAGGGGCGGGGGCCGCGGCUGGAGAGCUCGCCCGAGAGCACCCCCUCCCGCGGCGCCUCUGGGCGCACGCGCAGCCGCUGCAGCCUCCCUUAUUUAGUCCGCGAUGGCUUCCCUCGCGCCCCACCGUCCUCUUCCGGAAGGCGGCUCCCUCCCUGCGCAGCCCGGAGCCCCUGGGAUCAGCCUCGAGCAGGCGCCCGAGCGAGACUAUCCCUAAACGGGAACGGCGGUGGCCGACUCGCGAGUGAGGAAAAGAAGGAAAGGGCAGACUGGUCGCGAAGAGGAGAUCCAGGCCUCAGAGGAGGAGAAAGGCCGGAGCCAGCCGAGCUGUCACGACCGGAGGGGGGACUCGCAGCCUUACCAGGCACUUAAGUAUUCAUCGAAGAGUCACCCCAGUAGCGGUGAUCACAGACAUGAAAAGAUGCGAGACGCCGCAGAUCCUUCACCACCAAAUAAAAUGUUGCGGAGAUCUGAUAGUCCUGAAAACAAAUACAGUGACAGCACAGGUCACAGUAAGGCCAAAAAUGUGCAUACUCACAGAGUUAGAGAGAGGGAUGGUGGGACCAGUUACUCUCCACAAGAAAAUUCACACAACCACAGUGCUGUUCAUAGUUCAAAUUCACAUUCUUCUAAUCCAAGCAAUAACCCAAGCAAAACUUCAGAUGCACCUUAUGAUUCUGCAGAUGACUGGUCUGAGCAUAUUAGCUCUUCUGGGAAAAAGUACUACUACAAUUGUCGAACAGAAGUUUCACAAUGGGAAAAACCAAAAGAGUGGCUUGAAAGAGAACAGAGACAAAAAGAAGCAAACAAGAUGGCAGUCAACAGCUUCCCAAAAGAUAGGGAUUACAGAAGAGAGGUGAUGCAAGCAACAGCCACUAGUGGGUUUGCCAGUGGAAUGGAAGACAAGCAUUCCAGUGAUGCCAGUAGUUUGCUCCCACAGAAUAUUUUGUCUCAAACAAGCAGACACAAUGACAGAGACUACAGACUGCCAAGAGCAGAGACUCACAGUAGUUCUACGCCAGUACAGCACCCCAUCAAACCAGUGGUUCAUCCAACUGCUACCCCAAGCACUGUUCCUUCUAGUCCAUUUACGCUACAGUCUGAUCACCAGCCAAAGAAAUCAUUUGAUGCUAAUGGAGCAUCUACUUUAUCAAAACUGCCUACACCCACAUCUUCUGUCCCUGCACAGAAAACAGAAAGAAAAGAAUCUACAUCAGGAGACAAAUCCGUAUCACAUUCUUGCACAACUCCUUCCACGUCUUCUGCCUCUGGACUGAACCCCACAUCUGCACCUCCAACAUCUGCUUCAGCGGUCCCUGUUUCUCCUGUUCCACAGUCACCAAUACCUCCCUUACUUCAGGACCCAAAUCUUCUUAGACAAUUGCUUCCUGCUUUGCAAGCCACGCUGCAGCUUAAUAAUUCUAAUGUGGACAUAUCUAAAAUAAAUGAAGUUCUUACAGCAGCUGUGACACAAGCCUCACUGCAGUCUAUAAUUCAUAAGUUUCUUACUGCUGGACCAUCUGCUUUCAACAUAACGUCUCUGAUUUCUCAAGCUGCUCAGCUCUCUACACAAGCCCAGCCAUCUAAUCAGUCUCCGAUGUCUUUAACAUCUGAUGCGUCAUCCCCAAGAUCAUAUGUUUCUCCAAGAAUAAGCACACCUCAGACUAACACAGUCCCUAUCAAACCUUUGAUCAGUACUCCUCCUGUUUCAUCACAGCCAAAGGUUAGUACUCCAGUAGUUAAGCAAGGACCAGUGUCACAGUCAGCCACACAGCAGCCUGUAACUGCUGACAAGCAGCAAGGUCAUGAACCUGUCUCUCCUCGAAGUCUUCAGCGCUCAAGUAGCCAGAGAAGUCCAUCACCUGGUCCCAAUCAUACUUCUAAUAGUAGUAAUGCAUCAAAUGCAACAGUUGUACCACAGAAUUCUUCUGCCCGAUCCACGUGUUCAUUAACGCCUGCACUAGCAGCACACUUCAGUGAAAAUCUCAUAAAACACGUUCAAGGAUGGCCUGCAGAUCAUGCAGAGAAGCAGGCAUCAAGAUUACGCGAAGAAGCGCAUAACAUGGGAACUAUUCACAUGUCCGAAAUUUGUACUGAAUUAAAAAAUUUAAGAUCUUUAGUCCGAGUAUGUGAAAUUCAAGCAACUUUGCGAGAGCAAAGGAUACUAUUUUUGAGACAACAAAUUAAGGAACUUGAAAAGCUAAAAAAUCAGAAUUCCUUCAUGGUGUGAAGAUGUGAAUAAUUGCACAUGGUUUUGAGAACAGGAACUGUAAAUCUGUUGCCCAAUCUUAACAUUUUUGAGCUGCAUUUAAGUAGACUUUGGACCGUUAAGCUGGGCAAAGGAAAUGACAAGGGGAUGGGGUCUGUGAGAGUCAAUUCAGGGGAAAGAUACAAGAUUGAUUUGUAAAACCCUUGAAAUGUAGAUUUCUUGUAGAUGUAUCCUUCACGUUGUAAAUAUGUUUUGUAGAGUGAAGCCAUGGGAAGCCAUGUGUAACAGAGCUUAGACAUCCAAAACUAAUCAAUGCUGAGGUGGCUAAAUACCUAGCCUUUUACAUGUAAACCUGUCUGCAAAAUUAGCUUUUUUUAAAAAAAAAAAAAAAAAUUGGGGGGGUUAAUUUAUCAUUCAGAAAUCUUGCAUUUUCAAAAAUUCAGUGCAAGCGCCAGGCGAUCUGUGUCUAAGGAUACGAUUUUGAACCAUAUGGGCAGUGUACAAAAUAUGAAACAACUGUUUCCACACUUGCACCUGAUCAAGAGCAGUGCUUCUCCAUUUGUUUUGCAGAGAAAUGUUUUUCAUUUCCCGUGUGUUUCCAUUUCCCUCUGAAAUUCUGAUUUUAUCCAUUUUUUUAAGGCUCCUCUUUAUCUCCUUUCUUAAGGCACUGUUGCUAUGGCACUUUUCUAUAACCUUUUCAUUCCUGUGUACAGUAGCUUAAAAUUGCAGUGAUUGAGCAUAACCUACUUGUUUGUAUAAAUUAUUGAAAUCCAUUUGCACCCUGUAAGAAUGGACUUAAAAGUACUGCUGGACAGGCAUGUGUGCUCCAAGUACAUUGAUUGCUCAAAUAUAAGGAAAUGGCCCAAUGAACAUGGUUGUGGGAGGGGAAAGAGGAAACAGAGCUAGUCAGAUGUGAAUUGUAUCUGUUGUAAUAAACAUGUUAAAACAAACAAAAAUUGUUAUUUUUCUUUUCCUUCGGUCAGUGCACAUUAGCAUUUGAACUACCUGGGGAUUCUUUAUCAGAACUGUUCUUGUUGAAUAUUUAUACUUAAUUGAAAUAAUUCCUUAAGGGAGGUUUUGUUUAAAACGUAUUAACAGGAAAUUGUGUAUAAGAUAUUUAAUGAAAUAAGAAAUUCAACAAGAAUGAUUAAGUCACUUCCCAAGUGGUUGUCAUUUGUUGUUAAACCCUGGUUUACCUGUCUUGCUAUUAUGACAUUUCAUUUGGAAGGAUGUUUGUGUUGUAGCUAACUGUUCAAGUCUGGUGCUGACUGCUGUUCUUAGCCAUCACAAAACGCUAAAUUUGUGUAAUUGGAGCUUCCUGCUGUUAUCUGGAAAUAGCAGGAAAGCGCAGCUUUGUAUAUUGUUUCCUAAAGUAUAUUAAAAUAAAAAAAGAAACUAUUGCUACUAUAAAA